UCACAGCUCACAUUAAACACGCGCCUUCAUUUCAUUUCAGUAUUCUUUUUAAUUUAAAAGUUAAUUAAUUUUUAGUGCUUUUAUAUUUUCCUUCUCAACUUUCUCGCCAGCCAAACAGCAGCCUAACCGGGUGAAAAGACGAAGAGGCAUAGAAACCAAUAUUUUUCAACACAAACACAUAUUUAUUUACAAAAAGCCAUGAAAAACUCUCAGAACAAUCCAGAAACCUUCCACACCACCUGGGCGAUGACGAAGCUAAUGGUGUUCUUUCUCUUAAUCUUCCUCACCUACAUCUCUUACUCCAUCAAAUUCGUCACACAUUCCAGUAAUUGUAAGGAAAGAAAAACUCUGAUUUUCACUCAGCAUCCCCAAUCGAUUGCCAUUUUCAAUUCUGACCCACCGCCUCCCAUUGAGCCACUCAAAACCAAUAUUUCACAUAUCAUUUUCGGCAUUGCGGCUUCGGCCAAGCUCUGGAACCAGAGAAAGAAUUACAUCAAGCUGUGGUGGAAGCCAGAUCGAAUGCGGGGAGUAGUUUGGCUAGACAAGGCCGUCAAGACCAGGUCCGAAGACGAACUGAGUUUGCCCCCUUUGAAGAUCUCGAGCAACACCACCAAGUUCAAAUACAAGAACCCCAAAGGCCACCGCUCCGCGAUUCGGAUCUCGAGAAUAAUCUCCGAGACCUUGCGGCUUGGGGAAACGGAAGGAGUGAGGUGGUUCGUGAUGGGGGACGAUGACACUGUAUUCGUGGCUGAUAAUUUGGUUAGGGUUUUGCAGAAGUACGAUCACGAACAAUUUUAUUAUAUUGGGAGCUCAUCAGAGAGCCAUUUACAGAAUAUUCACUUCUCUUAUAACAUGGCUUACGGCGGUGGUGGAUUCGCCAUUAGCUAUCCAUUAGCAAAGGAGCUGGCGAAAAUGCAAGACAGGUGUAUUCAGAGGUACCCUGGUUUGUACGGCUCAGAUGAUCGGAUGCAAGCUUGUAUGGCCGAACUCGGCGUCCCUCUCACCAAGGAACCAGGAUUUCACCAGUUUGAUGUGUACGGCAGUUUAUUUGGGCUUCUUACGGCCCAUCCAAUCGCUCCUCUAGUCUCAUUACACCACCUAGACGUAGUCCAGCCCAUAUUCCCAAACACAAAUCGGGUAAAAGCCUUGGAAAGGCUGAAAGGCCCAAUGGAGCUGGACUCAGCUGGGCUAAUGCAACAGUCCAUUUGCUACGACAAGAGGCGGAGCUGGACCGUAUCAGUGUCUUGGGGUUACGCGGUUCAAAUAUUUCGAGGGAUUUUUUCGGUGCGUGACAUGGAAAUGCCAGCUAGGACGUUCCUUAAUUGGUACCAAAGAGCUGACUACACUGGCUACGCCUUCAACACCCGCCCUUUCAGCAGGAACACUUGUCAAAAACCCUUUCCCUAUUACUUGGCCAACUCUACUUUCCACCCGGAAUCGAACCGCACCACUACCGUCUAUGUUCUCAAUCGGGCAUCCAACAUGACCUGCCCAUGGAAAAUGCCUGAUCCUUCUCGGAUCCACACCAUCGAGGUUCGCAAAAGACCCGACCCAGAUAUGUGGAAUAAGGCUCCAAGGAGGAAUUGUUGCAGAAUAUUGCCAUCAAAGAAGACAGGCAGUAUGAUAAUUGAUGUUGGAGUUUGCAAUGAAGAUGAAGUUGUGGAAUUACGGUGAAAGAUAUUUAAAUGUAGAAGUAGAGAGCAUGCUUCUAUUUUUCUUUUUUAAAUUAUUUUUUUUUCUCUCUUCAGAGUUUUUCUUUCUUUUAUAUAUAUCUAGUGUACCACACGUCCUAAGAUUUGAUUACACAACCAUAGAUUCGAAAAAAAUCUUUUUACCAAA